UAUAACUUGACCUACUAACACAACUCAACUUACUUGAGCCGCCGGCUUUUAAAAUGGAGAGAGUGACAUUAAAUGGAACUGAUUUGAAUGUGUCUAGAGUAUGUUUAGGAUGCUGGCAGUUCAACAAUGAUAAAACAACCAUCAACUGGGAGAGUCAGUCAAUGCAGCAAUCCAAGGCUAUUGUUGAUAGAUGUUUUGAAGUAGGAAUCAAUUUUUUUGAUACAGCACAGGGCUAUGCUGGGUCUGAAGAAGUACUAGGGGAAUGUUUACAGGGCCGAAGAAAGGAUGCUAUAGUUGCUACUAAAUAUGGGUUUGGUAAGGGUACGGAACCAUAUACUGCAGAAGAUAUAGAUAAAACUGUUACCACCGCUUUAACCAAACUACAGACAGACUAUAUUGAUCUCCUACAGAUCCAUUUUCCAUGUUUUAUAAAAGAUGCGGCAGAAACAAUAACAGAGUUAAAAAGACAGGUAUCACUUGGUAGAAUAAGAUAUUAUGGUGUAUCAAACUUUGGCCCUAAAAAUCUACACACAUAUUUAGAUGCUGGGCUGGCCCCUGUUUCUAACCAGAUGGGAUACAAUCUAUUAUGGAGAUCAGUAGAGUUUGAUGUCCAGCCAAUCUGUAAGGAUAAGGGUAUUGGUAUUCUAGCAUAUUCUCCGCUUCAACAAGGUUUACUGUCUGGUAGAUAUGAGAAGCUUGAAGACCUUCCAGAAGGCAGGAGACGAGGAAAACUAUUUGCUUCACAAGGAUUGGCUCGACAUGGACAAGAUGGCUGUGAGGCUGAAGUCUUUGAGGCUGUAAGAAAUAUAAAAUCUAUCUGUAAACGAGAGAAUUUAGAUAUGGCUAAAGCCUCAUUAGCCUGGGUACUACAACAAGAGGCUGUACCGGUAGCUAUUGUUGGUGCUAGAACUCCUGAACAAGUCACUGAAAACAGUCAAAUUAUCAAACUCACUCAUGCUGUGGUGAAAGAACUAUCUGAUGCAACAGAGAAAGUAAAACAAAAAGUUGGCCGAUCUUUAGACCAGUGGGUUCAUCCAGAUAGAUGUGAAUAAAGAAUUUAUCUAGCAAUUUUUAUAUGGAUUUAAAUUAUUAAGAAUCAUUCUUUAAUGGAGAUGGUUGAGAGUUGACACUGGACCUAAGAUUGGAAACACUAUUUCUUCCUCUCCUCUCAAUGAGAAUUCAAACUUUUAACAUGCAGUAGUUGAUAAUCUAUUUGCAAUGAAGACAUUCAUCAGAUCAAUUUGAAAAGAUGAGAAAUUUCAUCUGAAAAUCUGAAUUGUAGUGGCUGUAACAUAAACAUAUAAAAAAGUGCUCAAUAUUGAAAUCCACUUUGUUAAUUUCUAAGUAUUAAUACAAGCCAAAUUUUCAAGCCUGCCAGGAAACUUUUCUCACCAUUAUACAUAUGACAAGUGCCUAUUUACUUCUUUGUCUUGAAGAUACAUCUUUUUGAUUAAAAUGUUGAUUUUU